GACUACCUAUACGGCUGCACGGAGGGCACGAACAGAAUCACAGGCCACGGCAAUCAUACUCGUUAGUCGUCACUCGUUAGAGAUCUCUGCGUUCUGUUGUUAUAAUCAUAUUAAUCUCCAAUAAGACAUUCGAAUUGCGCAUCGAUCUGACAAGUGACAGCUCAGUCACUCAGUCGUCCAAGUUGUCUUUCAACUCUCUUCAUUGUCGUAAUGGACAUGGAAAACGUAAAACAGAUAUUCAGAGAUGCUGGCACCGCGAUCAGUAGAGCCGUACAAUUUACAGAAGAAAAAUUGGGUAAAGCAGAGAAAACAGAACAGGAUCCAAAUUUUGAACAACUUGUCACUUUUUGUGAUAACACUAAACAAAACACUGAAACUAUAUUGAAAAACAUGGAAUUUAUUUUGAAUUCCAAUCCUGGUAUGAGAGUGGAAAAUCUUUUUUUCUUAGACAAGAAAAAAUCUGGACUCAGUAGCUCAGAAUACUUAGGAAUUGCCAUGACGGAAGCUGGGAACGAUUUUGGUCCUGAUACUGCUUAUGGCAGUGCACUUAUAAAAGUUGGAAAUAUACAGCAAACACUGGGACUUAAUCAAAGAGAAUUUAUCAAAUCAGCCAACGAUUGUUUUGUGAACCCAAUGAAUAAAUAUUUAGAAACUGACAUGAAAACUGUUGUCAAGGAACGUUCACUAUUGGAAAAAAGAAGACUUGACUUAGAUGCUUGCAAAACUCGAGUGCGCAAGACCAGAAUGCUUGCAACGACUAAAGUUAAGCAAGAUGACUCUGGUCCUACUAUGGAAGAGUUAAUAGAUAAGGCUGAACAUGAUCUCAAAGUAGCUCAAGAGGAGUAUGAUCGUCAGGCAGAAAUUACCAAACUAUUGAUGGAAGGUGUUCCUAGUGCACACCCUCAACAUUUGCAGCACUUAUUAGACUUUGUCGAUACACAAGCAGCUUUUUAUUUAAAAUGUCAUGAGUCUUUAAUGAGUCUUCAAUCAGAUCUUUCUGGAUUUCCGUCAGACCAAGACAAUGUUGCAACAUUAUCACCAGAUACUCCAGCUUUGGGACGUAUACAACAAGCAAAAGUUAUUACUAGUCAAGAACCACGAGAUGCCCAUGAUUUAAGAUUAAGUGCAGGAGAAAAUACCAAGAAUUACAAAAUGUAACAAAACAUUACCUAUAAUAUAAAGAUGAAUUACAGGGAGAAAUAAUUUAUUAUUAUAGGUAACUUACAUUUCUAUAAAAUUACUAAAAAUUAAAUUUUUAAAGAGUUUUUACAGUAUCUCAAAUUACGUCUACUUAGAAAGUAAAACUUGAUGAAAAUUUAUUCAACUAAAUAUCAAAACUACAAAUAAAUUAAUAUAAUUGUUACAUUUAUCAUUUCACUAUAUUUUAUAAAAAAAAAAAAUCCAUGCCAAACCUUCAAUAUACUUAAAUUUAUUAAUUAUUUACAUUUAUAUCUAAAAAACUAAAUAAUAUAUUAUAUUAUAAGUUCUUUUAUGUAAUGACAAUUUAAAUGGUUAAUUUGAACAAAAACAUUAAUAUAAUAUUACUAAUUAAUGAUAGAUCUUAAAUGUUCGUUAUUGUAAAUGUCACCAAAGAACUAAUUAUAAGUGUUUAAUUAUACAAAAAUGUGAGUAUAUUCAGUUACAAUGAACAAAUGUAGUUAUUAAUAUUGUUCAUAAAUGAACAUAACUUUUUCAACUUAAUAGUCUUGUUAUUUUAAUUAUAUUUCUAUGAGAAAUUAAUUGUUUUUAAUUAUUUUAAUAUUACAAUUUAGUCAAAUUAAAUGUAUGAAAAAUUCAAUUUGGAAA